GGUAUCAACUACGCAGUCAUUCGUUGCGCGACUUUCGAGCCGCGCUUAUUGUUGGUCUCUAUCUGUUGCGACACGUUCAGCCGUGUACGCACGCGAGUUUGAAUUGGGACCACGUGGUUUCCGGUACAGGAAUAAUCGUUCCAACAUCGAAACACAUUAAUCACUCGGCUGAUUUUCCUUGCCCUCUAAAUUACGCGGGUCAGUAAAUUAGAUUUCGGUACAUGUGGUACCUUAAGUGGCCGAUUAUGAACGCGGUUUGAACAGAACGUUUAUUCUCAGAUAUAUCUGUGAUCGAUGUGGCGUCCGGCGUGGUAAACACAGUCUUCAGAGCAGAUUGGCUGCUCGGCUGUGCAACUUGACGCAUACAAGAUGUUACUUCCUGUCGCUAUGGUAACGCCGCGCGGGUAACCGGAUACUUCUCCCUUGUUCGAAUUCGCGCGAUGUCGUUCGCCGCGACCAUGUUCCCGCGACGGUUUCGUUAACAGCCGCGUCUCCCGUGAAACGAAACGGCCGCGAGAUUUCUGUCGACGGUGCGGUUUUCGCGACGAACGUUGUUUUCAGUGCGCGAAACGUAUCGAGUUUCCGAGGGAAGUGCGAAAUGUGACUGGAUCCACGUUCUUGCUGAGCUGUCAUAGGCGAUUCAGCCUGGCGGAGUGACACACGCCACGCUGCUAUGUCCAGAAGGAAACAAGCGAAGCCACGAUCCCUCAAACGAGACGAGGAGUGGGAGGACGGGAACGAGCAGAAUGUCCUGGAGGUAACCGAGCAGGAUAAUGGGACAACGGGAAUUAAGCAGGACGACGAAGAGGAGGAGGAAGAGGAGGAGCUGCAGCGGGCGUUCAGUCGUCAUUCCGAGGACUACCUUCAAGACGGCAGGCCAUCGUCCGUUCAAGGGCCGGACCUAGAGAAUCAGAACAGCCUCGACAGCGAAGCGCUCGGGACCGGAAGUUCGUCCUGGCACAGCGAGGAUGGUGGACCAAACUCGCGGCGUGGCGGAGAGACACCGUCGUCCUGUGCGACUCCAACAUCCGCCAGCUUCCCGUCGGAACCCGAAGUCGAUGCCGACGUUGGCGUCAACGCCGACGGGAACAACGCCACCGCGCCUUAUCCUUGUCAAUUCUGCGACCGCACUUUUCCGCGACUGAGCUACCUGAAGAAGCACGAACAGAGCCACGGCGAUCAAAUGCCCUACCGAUGCAGCUGGUGCGCCAGACUGUUCAAGCACAAACGCAGCAGAGAUCGACACGUGAAGCUGCACACGGGAGAUCGAAGAUAUCGAUGCACGCACUGCGAGGCUGCUUUCUCCAGGAGCGAUCACCUAAAGAUCCACAUGAAGACCCAUGACACCCAGAAGCCAUACCAAUGCACGGCAUGUUCCCGCGGCUACAACACCGCGGCCGCAUUGACAUCGCACAUGCAGUCGCACAAGAAGCACCACCACCAGUCCCAGGGAGCUACGAAACUGCAGGACGUGGAGUACGGUCGACGAAGCGUGUCCUCGCACAGCACGUCUUCGCCGCCGGUGCCAAGUUCUCCAUCGCCAUCUCUGAAUCUAACGCUGAAUCCGAAGACUGGUUUGAAGAGUUCUCACGGCAGCGCGUCCACAACGCCGAUCCUGAGUUCACCGUUGAAGCUGGCGUGCAUGUACUGCACCAGGGACUCGUUCAGUUGCAUGCAACAGCUGCAGAUGCACGUGCACACGAUGCACCAGGCGAUCUUGAGCGGCGAGGCCGUGGCAGUGCCACCGUCGCCCAGCAGGAGCACCGAUCAGGCGAACUACCAGCGGGAGAAAGGAUCGCUGGCUCGAUCGGAAGGCUCUUCGAAAGACCACGAGAGGAAGUAUCAAGAAGAUACCGAGAGAUCCGUCGAGAAGGAUCAGUACGAGAACGCGUUCACUUGCAACCAAUGCACCAUGAAGUUCUCCACGUUGGCGACACUUAGAGACCACCUGGUCUCGAUCCACAGGACGGACGGUUUCGGGUCAGCGCUGAUGAUGUGUCCUCUCUGCGGGAUCCCUUGCGCCUCCGCCGCGGCUUACGCGGAGCACUACGUCUUGCAGCACUGCGAGAACCGCAGAAUAGGUCCUUUAGAAGGCGCGGAGUACGCGGACGCAAAGAUGAAUGGGAGUUACGGCGACUCGAAGAGUUCUAGAAGCCAGAAGCCUAGGGAAUCGGUCUCCGAGCCGGCUGAUCUGACCAGCAAACAUUCCAGACCGACUGAGAACAGUUACACUGCAGGAACGUUGCUCUGCGGACAAUGCGGAGCAGCGUUGAAGGACUUCGAAUCGUUCAGGGAGCAUCUAGCUAGGCAUCUGCAAGCUGAUCAUAGGAAUGACGCCAUGAGACAUCCGUGUCCUAAGUGCGAAGCGAGCUUCCAGGACAGAGAGGACAUGCUGGCGCAUCUGACGAAGCAUUAUCUGGGCCAGAUCAGCAAGGAGUACGCUUGUGGAGCCUGCAAGAAGCUGUACCCUCAUCCAGACCUUUUGCAGAGGCACCUGCUCGACAGCCAUGCGCACCAUUUGUACAGAUGCGCCUUAUGCAGGGACACUUUCGACUCCAGAGUAGCGAUACAGGUCCACUUCGCGGUGAAGCAUAGUCAGGAGUGCAGGAUCUAUCGGUGCAACGCCUGCACAGUGCCCAAUAAUGAAAACUCGCCGGGAAACACGCCGGGGGAGGGUAGAAGCUUCUUCAGGAGCGAAUCGGAGAUGGCGAAUCAUGUCAGGAACGUCCACGCGCCUUCCACGGUUUCUAACAGCAGUCCCGUGGCUAGGAGUCCAGCAUCAACACCCGGAAUCACUGGGAACGCUGUGCCGAGAUGCGUUUUCUGUGGGAUCUGCUGCAACUCUGAGUUGGAGCUGCAACUUCACUUGGCCAGCCACUCGACUAGCUUGUACAGAUGUCCUAUCUGCAGGGAGGGCUUCGCCGUGGAAUUCUUGCUCGACAGACACAUGGCCCAAGCUCAUCAUUCGAGCGAUCAUCAGGCUGUGAGGAGCAGCUCCAGGGAAAAUGGACGGAUAGGGAGACCAGCCAGGACGCAGGAAGAGCCUAAGUCCCAGAAAAGAGGUCGUUCUCCAGCGUCCAGCAACAACAAUUCCCUGAACCAACGGGACAACAACAACAAACGGCCGAACUACACCAACACAGGGGGGCAGCAGUGCGAGCUCUGCGAGAGAGGAGAGUUCGCGAAUGAGGCAGAGCUGCAGGCUCACAAGAAACUGGCUCACACCCCGGCAAAGCUGCAGAACAAGUCCGUGUCCAACCUCAGCAUGACCUGUGCGUACUGUGGUGAAGUGUGUCGCUCUAGGACUGAACUGGAAUCCCAUACUAGGAUCCAGCACGCCUCCAAUGAACCUGGAGGUCGUCACAAGUGCAACAUCUGCGACGAGGUGUGUCCUUCCGGAGCAACAUUAGCUGAGCACAAACUGCAGAAGCAUUGCAAGAUUCAGCUAAGCGACACCUGCGUCGUUUGCCGAGGAAACUUAACGUCGGAAGCCCAGUUCCUCGAGCACGUGCAGAGACACAGCCUGGAGAAUGUUGAUCCUCAACAGAGACUGGACGGCUCUCUCCCUCAUCUGCCUGCGGCCUGUGUCGUCUGCAGGCAGACGUUGAUCAGUGACUUAGAGUGUCGUCUGCAUGCCAGGCAUCACCUCAGGUCUCCCACUGGCCCCCAGAGUGCAACGUCCAGCCCCAGUCCCAAUCAAAAGAGUCAGAGUCCUGGUUGCUGCCUCUGCUUAAGAGACUAUUCCGCGGAUGACUUCGUCAGUUUGCCACCGAGCCAUAUCAGCGGCGGUGGACAGUCCCUGAGGGUUUGCAAGUCCUGUUACAUUCGCCACUCUCAGGGUCUACCCAUCUUGAAUUCGCCGUAUGAGCACGCUAGGGGGAAGAGCGAUAGAGGAUGGACUUCGAGUGGUAAAGAGUCUCAAUGGGAUGGGUCUAGGGAUAGAUGGGAGCCUGAUAGAGUCUUCAAAGCUGAAGACAGGACGGACGAGACUAGUGAUAAUAAAAGAUGUCAGGAUUGUGGGGUGAAGUUUGAGGACCCUGAAGAGGUUGAGAAACACAGACUUACGGAACACGAGAAGGUUGGAUCUGGAUCGAACACUUACACUUGCAUACAGUGUCAGAUGUCGUUUCCAUCUGAAGCAAAGAUACAGCAGCAUGUAAGAAAGGAGCAUUUAGAAGCCACUGGGAAAUCUAUUGAUGCACUGCGGUGUCACCUGUGUCUCUACGAAGCUAGCAGUCCCCUGCAGUUGCAGAGCCAUUUGAUAGAGCACACUUUCGCCGGGUGCGCUGCUCUUAGUUGUUACAUUUGUCAGUCUCUUUUCACCGCUCCUAUUGGUCUUCAGAAUCACAUGCUACAAGAACAUGGUCUGGGUGCCCGUCCGUACGACUGCUCAAAGUGCACUCUGAAGUUCUUCUUCAGGGCAGAACUGGAUCAUCAUGUGUUAACGUUCCAUCGACCUGGAGAGGUAUCUCCGCCUCAUGAAGCUGUUCAGAACGUCGUAGAAAUGAAAGCUACAGAUCCUGAAGAGCAGAUCUGUGAUGAUGGGAUCACGGUGAAAGAGGAACUGUUACCAGAUGCUGCAGAAGAAGAGGAAGAGAUCAAUGUCGACGGGCAAAUGGAACAUGAGGAGGAAGGCAAACAGGAUGCAAAUCAGAAACUCAAAACCGAAAUUGACACGGAACCUGCUGUUCCGGAGAAAACUGAAUCGUGACUCCAUUGAACGGAGUAUUUCAAAUGAUAUAAGGAAGAUUGAUUGAACGGUGAUUGAGCUUUUAAGUGCGAGAGUUGCGUUCGUUGUUAAAUCGAUUAUUAUUAUAAUCGUAUUGUAAUAGAAGAGAGUGGAAGCUGUUACGCUUUUGAAAUCAUUGAGCAAGCUUCUUCAAAUAACGAACAGACUCGUCGAUAGAUACAAAUGUAAAACAAAGCUCGUUUUUACAAUUAGAUUUUUUAAGAUGUCCUUAAUGAAAUCUAUGUGAUGAAAUGUUUCUGAAUGUUGAGAGUUGUACGAAGAGUAACAAGGUAAAUUCAUUUUUUCAAUGAGCUUGGAAACGGUUCGUUCCAACAUUGAUUGUUUUUUACUGAAUGAAAUGUAAAGUUCUAUGGAAUUAACGUUUCCAUUGACUACUCGUUAUUGUUCUCACGAAAAUUCCUUUAUGCACAGAGUUAUUGCGAUAGAAUAAGUUCAAAUCGGAAGAUCGUAGACGAAUAACAAUGAUUUUCACAUGAAUAAUAUGAGAUUGAUUCGUCGAGGUCUACAUAUUCUGUUAAGAUACGGUUAUAUUGUGUUUCAAAUUUUUAAUAUAAAUUGCAGCGUUGAGUUUUGUUAAUUCGUGGAGUAUUGGUUGCAUGUAACUUUAAUACACACUCUUCUGUUCUAUGUUAGGUGGUAUUCUGUUAUUUCAAUUUAUGUUUCCAAUACGAAAGCAUGUUUCAUUCAUUUCUUACAUUAAUUGUUAACUCUAUUGUAUCGUCUAUAAUUACAAUCGAUUUGUUUAAAAUGAAAAAGAAGGAUCUACUCGAACGAAUUUGUACUAUAAGAAGUGUCGUUAUUUCUUAUGAAUAUGAAGGGUUUGUAGAUUUCCCAUGGCUGCGAUUCUGUAAAUACGUUGAAUAGUACUAGAAACUAUUACUCAUUGUUUGAUCGAUUCGUCAGUACCAUAAACGGUAAUUAUUUAAAGGAAGCAGAUGCAAUAACCUGUCCACUAGGCUUAGCGAUA